AACGGGAGGAAACGAGAAGGAGGGGAUCAUAGAACUGUACGAACGACCGACUGUAUUCCGUAGUGUUCACGCGAGUGAAGGAGAGGAACGCAGUUCCGAGGAGAGGUUCUCGCACGACAUCUUAUCGGCGGAGAUCAUCGAGAUUCGCAUCUGCGAAUCAAUCAAAGAAGUCAUCGAAGAAGUCGACGCUAUCCUUCGCAGCACACACCCUUCGAAGGUGCGAAGAGGAGAUCGACUGUACAAAGAGGGAAAAGCGAGAGGUCGUCGAGACAUGGCGGAAAUGAGAGUAUUCACGCGGAGCGAGAUCGAAAAAAGCGACGAUAAGGACAAAGUCCUUUUCAUCUUGCACGACAAAGUAUACAACGUCCGCAGCUUUCUCAAUGAGCAUCCGGGCGGAGAGGAGAUCCUAUUGGAACACAAAGGCAUGGACGCUUCCGAAGACUUCGACGACGUUGGGCAUUCGAAAGACGCGAUGGAACUGAUGAAGACGUACCAGGUCGGUGUAAUCGCUGAUACGGAAAGGACGAACAAACUGCCGAAAAAAGGCUGGAUGUCGGGAUACGUGAAGGAAUCGGAGAAGAACGCUCAAGGAUCCAGCCUGUCUUUUUAUCUGCUCAUGGGUGGAAUCGCGCUCGUAGCGGUCCUCUUUUUUUACGUGUAUUAAUCGAUCCGCUGGAAUUAAUCCGGGAAAAUGCUGUGAACGUGACAGUGUGGCAUGUGAUAGAGAAAGGUAUUGGAACGAAAAAAAUAUUCUUGUCUUGAAAAAAAUGUCUUUAAUGCCUCUGUGGUCUCCAGGAACGUAUUUUAAUAAUUAACUUCUCCGAAAGAAGUUUUAUUUGACACACAUAUAUAUAUAUAUCGGA